AUGCGAAGCCCGACUUUCCCUGACAUGGUCGAAUUUGCGACAGAAUUCCUCGCAAAUGCGAAGAGGACAGCAUCGCAAAAGCGAUGGCCCCCUCGCAAAUGCGAUUCCCCACUCGGCAGCCCCAGACAAGCGAGGCAAAAAAUUAGAGCUCUCUUCAAUCAUCCUCUAUAUGUAUUAUACUCCACUAAUAUUCCUCCUGGUGCCACCAAUUCAAUCCCUGCAUAUUCAUUUUUACCUUCACCUCUAUCAGUUUCUUCUUCUAAUGUUUUGUCAACUUCUAGAACAAUUGAAUUACAACCCAAAGAUGUUGUUUUAUCCUUUAAGGAGUGGUUCAUGAGCAGAAAAAACCCAGUUUUCGAUCGGAUCUUUGAGAUAUUGAAGACUCAAGAUGAUAUUACAGCUGAUAUAUCACUGUCUCGAUUUAAACUUAGACUCUCCGAGGCUUUGGUUCUUCACGUGUUAAAUUACGAGAAAAACAAGGAUGUUUUAUCCUGUUUGAAGUUCUUUGAUUGGGCGGGUCGACAGCCGGGUUUUUAUCAUACCCGGGUGACGUUUAAUGCCAUUUUUAAGAUUUUGUCGAAGGCAAAGUUGAUGUCUUUGAUGGUUGAGUUUUUGGAUAAGUAUAUGAAGCAAAGGUAUUUUCAUAAAGCGAGAUUUUACAACACUUUGGUUAUUGGGUAUGCCGUGGCUGGCAAGCCUGAGCUUGCACUCCAACUGUUCGGUAGAAUGUGUUUUCAGGGUGUUGAUUUGGAUGCGUUUGCUUAUCAUGUGUUGCUUAAUGCAUUGGUGGAGGAUGGUUUUUAUGAUGCGUUUGAGAUGGUUUUGAAGCAGAUUAAGUUUAGGGGUUUUGAGGAUUCCAUAACACAUGCUAUAUUCGUUAAGAGUCUUUGCCAGCAAACGGAGCUGGAUCGAGCUGAGGAGUAUCUUAGAGGGUUCUUGAGAAAUGGAGGGAGUCUCGUUUGGUUCCGGGAACAGGCAUAUAGUGUGUGGAUUAAGGACCUUGCUCAGGCCGGGGAGCUAAGUGAGGCAGUAGAAUUUCUGAAAGGCAAGAAACUAUUUGAUGGGUAUGUUCCUGAAGUAUUUCGCUAUAACAGCUUAGUGUGUCGGCUUUUAAGAGAGAACAGGUUAGAGCAGGUUUAUGACUUGUUGAUGGACAUGAAGGUUCAAGAUAUAGUACCUGACGAUGUCACCAUGAAUGUAACUUUGUGCUUCUUCUGCAAGGUGGGGAUGGCUGAUGUUGCCUUGGAGUUGUAUGAUUCGAGAGCUGAAUUUGGAUUCUCUGUAAGUAGUAUGACCUAUAACUAUCUGAUAAAUACUCUAUUAGGCGAUGCAAGCGUUGAUGAAGCGUAUUUCGUGCUGAAGAAUGCCAUUGAACAAGGUUAUUUCCCUGGUAGGAGGACAUUUUCUAUUAUUGCUGAUGCUCUUUGCAGAAAGGGGAAGCUCGAUAGAGUGAAAGAGUUGGUUCUUGCUGCUCUAGACCGGAACUGCAUGCCCAGUGACUCGACCUACAACAAGUUCAUAUCAGCCUUAUGUAGGGCCAGCAGGGUGGAAGAUGGAUACUUGCAAGAUUGUUAA